AUGUUGAUUUUGAAUGGCUUCCAACGGGUCUUGGAGUCCAAAGCUCCAGUGAUUGAACAGCCUUGGCAUCAAAAGGAGCGUUGGCUCUAUAUUAAUGGUGUUGCAAACGGUCAUUUCUGGGUCCAAAACAACAUCGAUCAACUGUCAUACACAUUUGGACGGAAGAUUCUUGGUAUACACAAUCGCACUGGUGGCAUUCUUUUUGAUCUUGUUGAAUGUUUGAUCCAGCGUGGCUUCUCGUAUGCUACGGGGGAUAUAAGGCGAGCUUACGUUCUCAUUAAAGGAGCGCUGCUUGAUUCUUCAGUAGAGAAAGUUGUCCUCGUUCUUCACAGUCAAGGGGGCAUUGAAGGUGGUCUGAUUAUCGACUGGCUUCUUGACGAAUUGCCUCAAGAUCUGCUCCAUCAGCUAGAGGUCUACACUUUUGGAAACGCCGCGAAUCAUUUCAACAACCCACUGAGGUCCUGCCGUGCAUCUGGUCUAUCCGGGCUGUCGACCCGUCGAUCAAUCAGCUACAUUGAGCACUAUGCCAACUCGAAUGACCCGGUUUCAUGGCUAGGUAUACUUCGAUUCGCCAGCAUUCCAAACCGAUAUCUCGGACGUUUAUUCGUUCGGCCCGGCUCGGGUCACUUGAUGAACCAACACUACUUGGACAACAUGUUCACACUGGGACCCGACAAAAGAGUACUCGACUCGAAUCCAUUCAUGGAUAUGACUGUGGAUGUUCCUCUGGCCCUUAUUUCUCAAAAUGUGAGGGGGCUUUCAAGAGCAACCGGGACGCUCAAUGAACCGGCCGAGGAAGAUCUCUUUCCAGUCCCGACACCUGCAACUGCUCUACAAAAUGGCAAAGUUCAGAAUGGACAAGGUGAUGAAGAGCUACAUGUCAAGGAUUUCAGCCGACUAUGGCAGUACCGAAAUGGCGGCUCUCCCGAUAGGUAG